AUGUCUUCUAAUCCAUCUAUCAUUCAGGUUCUCGUCAGUGAUAAGAAAUAUGCGUGUGAAACGUGCAUAAAGGGGCAUCGUUCAUCCGCAUGUAAACACACGGAUCGCCCCCUUUUCGAAAUUAAGAAAAAAGGUCGUCCAGUCACUCAGUGUGAGCACUGUAGAGAACUACGAAAAACAAAACAAGUACACGUCAAAUGUUCAUGUGGAUCUCAAGAUCAAGGCGCCACUGGCGCCCACGAGGCGUCCCACAGCAAGAAGGGGACGCCGAAGUUACCGGCUACUGCUGCGUUUCCUCAUGGCCUUCCCGAGGCCCUUGAAACGCUAGCUACAUUGCUGCCGGCAUCGGACGACUCAGAUCAUAGCGGUAGGCCCGAAGCGCCAUAUUUUUCUCGUGAAACUUCUCCAACUGGCUGUAGAUGUAGCUCCGGUGGCCCCUGCAAUUGCUGUAUCCCUCGCAAGCCUGCGACACGCCGUCGCUUCUCUGGUGCAGAGCCUCCUAAACGAGACAAGCUUCAUUCAGACUCCUCAAAGCACCACGAAUCCCUAUCUCCUCCUCUUUCAUCCCACGUUCUAGCGCGCAUUGCUGAGCUCCGUCCAGUACUUCCAAAACCGGCUCACAGGCAACACCCUCUCGAUGGCUCCUUACAUAAUCCAUCUUCGAGUGUCCCUCACGGUCAUACCAUCCGCCAUCAUAACUACGACUUCAGCCCUUACGGUCGCGCUUACGGGUACACUCACUCAGAUCACACUCAUGAUCAAAAGGGGCCGUCAUUGACCAGUGAUCCCCGCACGUUCGCUGGACGCUCUGUCCAAUCCCCACAGCAAACACUGGGAAGUCAGCAUGUACCAGAUACCUGGUCGCCUGCUGAGGUCUUCCCCUCUGUCUGUGCCUGUGGUGACUCAUGCAUGUGUCCUGGAUGUACCUUGCAUAACAAUCCACCUAUCACUGGUGGUGCUACCUUUGCCUCCUGCAGCAAUCCAUCCUCCUGCGCCUUUUGUCUCGAUUGUACCAUACUGUCCAUACCAGCAAGCAAUCCGCCUCCUAACAUCGAACCGUCCUCUGAUCCAUCACAAUCACAAGAAUUUGAUGAAUGGCUCAGACAAGUCGCACUUAGC